GGAGCUCCCAUGAUGCACCAUUCAAUAUGGCGGCGCCCCGGCAGCUACAUGCGUGUAAACACUUCUGAAUACAUGAGCCCAUAAACCUUCCUUUUACUUGAUUCAUUUCGUUCAACGGACUUCUAGGAAUACUGCAAACAUGAAACUUAAGUCCAAAUCGAGUUAUCACAAAUCGGAGAAUACCUACAGGUUUCUCACUUUCGCAGAGAGACUUGCAAAUGUCAACAUCGAUGUCAUCCAUCGAAUCGACCGGACGGGAACCUAUGAUGAGGAGGUAGACACAUACUUCUUUGAAGGUCUGACAAAAUGGAGAGACCUAAACUUGACAGACCACUUCUUGGCCUUUAUGAGGGACGUGUUCAACCAGUGCCAGACCUUCAACCUGCUGGUCUUCCACCAGAAGGCCGUGGUGGCCAGCCUGAAAGCCCACCUCGCCGUCAAGAACAGCAUGGCCUACCAGCCCCUCCUCGACCUGGUGGUGCGGAUGGCCAGGGACCUCCAGACGGACUUCUACCCCCACUUCCCAGACUUCUUCCUGCUCAUCACCCCGCUGCUGGAGACCCAGGACACGGAGGUGCUGGAGUGGGUCUUCACCUGCCUGUCCUACCUGUACAAGUACCUGUGGAGGCUGAUGACCCGGGACAUGAGCAACAUCUACAGGCUCUACAGCCCCUUGCUGGCCCACAAGAAGGAGCACAUCUGCAACUUUGCAGCCGAGAGCUUCUCCUUCCUGAUGAGAAAGGUCCCAGACAUGGACGGCCUGCUGGUUCUCAUGCUCUCUGACCUGAAGGCCCACCCUGAGAAGGCCAAAGGCGCCGGGCAGCUGCUGUUUGAGAUGUGCAAGGGCGUCCGCUGCAUGUUCCACUCCUGCGCCGAGAAGGCCUUCCCCCUUGCUCUGAGGAAGCUGGGCCCCACCCUAGACCCUGCCCUCCGGUUGCCCUGGGACACGGUCAGGGACGCCCUGGAUCAGAUGGCUCAGGCCGCAGCCAAUCACGUCGACAAGGAGCACUUCCUGGUUCUCUGGGAGUCCCUGCAGGCGUGUGUCAUGGAGGUGCUGGAGGUCCUGCAGAGGGAGGAGAUGCCGAAAGGCUUGCUGAAGGAGCAGGUGGAGGAGCAGCUGGAGAGGCUGCUGUUUGUUCUCCACACCCUGGCCUCCCACAAGGACGGAGCCAAGGUCACCAAACCACAGGCGGUCUGCCAGACGGUGAUGAAGGUGGUCCGGACCCCAGGACUCCCCGCCUCCUGCUCUCAGCUCCUCCUCCAGAUCACCUCCUCCCUGCUCCUGGGGGAGAACAUCUUCCUGCCCUCCUCCUUCAUCCAGGAGACGGUGCAAACGGUGUUUGCCAGUGAUAUAGAUCAGGACCUGAUUCUGGAGUUCACCAAGGAGAUGUUCACCAUGAAGCAGUUUGAAAAGCUCUUCCUGCCCACCCUGCUGCGGUUCUCCUCCGGUCUGCUGCGCAGCGCGGACCCCAGCACCCCCCAGCGGGGCCUGGAGGUCCUGGUGCAGCUCAUCCUCUCCAAGGCCCCCCCGCCCAGCGACGGCUCCAUGGCCUUCGAGGUCUACCCCCUGCUGUUCACCGGCGCCCCGCCCCAGGGCAGCAAGGAGACCCCCCAGGCCGGACCCUGUGACCCAGAGGAGCAGGAUGAGAGCCGGCUGGUCCCAGAACAGAUUCUGUCUCUGAUCCAGCUGCCUCUAGACCAGCCCAUCUCUGACCUGUCCCUCCCCUGGGCCGCCCUGGUGCUGCUGCCCCACCUCAGGCCUCUGGCCGGCACCAGUGUGGUUCCAGCCGUCACAGACCUCCUGAACCGCCUCCUGGGUCUGAUCCAGACCCAGGAACUCGGGAAAGCGGGUCUGUUUGUGGCCAGACAGGCUCUCAGCUGUCUGCUCACCCUGGAUAGCUCCGCCCACCUGCUCUCAUUGGUCCCAGUGGACAAGGUCGUGGCCACCCUGCAGAAGUACCCCACGGAUCUGUCUGCGCUGUUGCUGGGCGACCUCUACUACACCCGCCUGGCCCUCGGGGGCCUCUCCGAGCACAGGACCCACAAUGCAUUGCUGGAGGUGUACCAGAUUCUUCACGCCAACGUGUCGUCCAACAUUGCCAAGAUCCGCCUCUUGACACUCAGGAUAUUCACUCACUUUGCGGCGGAGCUUCCUGUCCAGACAGAGGGCGAGGAGAGCGAGGCGGUGCAGCCCGUGUUUGCCGUGUGCCUGCUGGCGGAGCGCGUCCCGGCCACCGUGCAGGACCACAGAGAGAAGCUGCUGCACCUCCGCAAGCUGAGGCACGACCUGGCCCAGGGCUGCCUGCCGCAGGGGCCCCCCGGAACCUUCGAGCAGGUGCCGCUGCGCUACCUGAUAGCGAUGCUCUACAUCAACUUCAAGUCUCUAUGGGACCCUGUCAUCGAGCUGCUGAUGAGCCACGCCCGAGGGAUGGACAACAAGAGCUUCUGGCAGGUCUUCUACGAACACCUGCAGACCGUGGCGGGACUGGCAGAAAAAGAGCUGCAGCGUCGCGGGGAGGACCGCGACGACGACAGCGACGACGAGGGCGACGACCAAUCAGAUCUGUCCGGAGAGGCGGGCUGCGACGUCAUCGAGAGCGGCGACGUGGGCGUGCUGUUCCUGGAGCAGGCCAAGCUGACCUCUGACACCGGCGCCCGGACGGACUUCACCAACUUCCGCAGCCAGCUGUGGCGCGCCAUGACCCACUUCCCCGACUGUGUGGAGCCGCGCAGCCGGGAGCUCACCCCGCUCUUCCUGCAGUUCAUCAGCAAUGAGUAUUUCCCCGCGGACCUGCUGGUGGCACCCACUCAGGACCUGAGGAAGAAGGAAAGCCCCGCCCCCAAGGAUGCGGAGAUGACUGGGGAGGGAGAGGAGGAGCAGGACUCUGAGGAGGAGGAAGAGGAGGAGGAGAAGGCUGGAGGGAGACGCCAGAAGAAGCCCGUCCCCAAACGAGCGGCGGCUAAACAACUGAUUUCCCACAUGAAAGUGUUUGCUAAGUUCUCCAACCCCCGCUCCCUCUACAUGGAGCCUCGUCUCAACGAGCUCUACCACCAGCUGCUCUGUCACCAGGAACAGGAGAUCCAGAAAGCUGCGCUAGACUGCAUCCUGACCUACAGGGACCCACACAUAGUGCCCUACAAGGAGAACCUGGGGAGGCUUCUGGACGACAAGCACUUCAAGGAGGAGAUCGUUCACUUCAACAUCUCUGAGGAGGGCGAGGCGGUGGACCCCCUGCACAGAGUCACCCUCAUCCCCCUGCUGAUGAGGAUCCUGUUCGGCCGCCUGCGCUCUAAGGGCAGCAGUAAGUUCCAGGGCAAGGCGUCGGCGUCGGUGCGCUCCUCCAUCGUGCUGCGCUUCCUGGGGGGCUGCCAGGCCGAGGAGCUGGGCAUGUUCAUCAGCCUGCUGCUGGAGCCGCUGGGCCACCACGCUCAGGGCUCGUGCGUGGAGGCGGUGGAGCGCGCCGUGAGCCAGACGGACGUGGCGGCCGUGCUGCCCCUGGGCCGGCAGCACAGCCUCCUGAACGUCAUCACCGUGGUGAUCGACAAGCUGGGCCACUUGAUCCAGGGCCACCUGCCCCAGGUGCUGCAGAUCAUCCUCAGCCUCAACGCCUCCAACUCCGCCAUCCUGGACCAGAGGGAGCAGCUGAAGCCCGGGUGCAUCGCCCCCCUGAAGAAGCUGCGUCGGCUGGGCGGCCUCCGGGUGCUCGACUUCUUCGAGGGCUUCGAGUCGUACGCCUUCACCUCCCAGGAGCUGGACGCCAUCUUCCUGGCCGGGGUGUGGCCGCAGGUGUGUCGUCUGUCCACGGAGAGCCCCUACUCCCCCACACCGCUGCUCAAGCUCAUCCACGCCUGGAGCAAGAACCCCAGGUUCUUCCCUCUGAUGGCCAAGCGGCGACCUGACCAUCCCGAAUGUGACGUUCUCCUCAACGUCUUCUCAAUAAUGUCUGCCAAAAAGAUCUCCCAGGCAACCACCACCAUGGUCCUGGAUAUCGCCGAGUCCCUCAUCACUUCCCCCGACUUUGUUGCCACGGAGACCAUGCUGGAACUCAAUGUCAACGGCUGUGUGGUCCCCCAGCCCCCAGAGGGCGCUGUUGUAUCAGACGGGCUGCCCCUGGGCUCCAAGCUGCUGCUGCCCCACGUCUCCACGCUGCUCGUCUUCUUCAGCGGCGUGGUCAGCAACACGGAGCGCACCAAGAGGAAGAAGAACCGCACGCAGGUCGCCAAGGAGCUCAGCAUCCUGUCCAAGAUCAGUCGUUUUGUGAAUGACAAGGAGCAGAGCUCCACCCUCAUCACUCUGCUGCUGCCGUACCUCCACCGAGGCAGCAACUCCCAGGAUACGGAGAUGGACAUCCUGGCCACGGUGCAGAACCUGUUGAGGAGGUGUCUGGAUCCCUCAGAGUUCCUGGCCCCGCUCAGCAAGCUGUUCUCCAUCAUCAUGAACAAGCUGCCCCGCAUGGCCCUCACCAAGACCUUCCUGACUCUUUCGGAAAUGGAGCCCUCCCUGGAUUAUAUCACGGACGUAACUGCCAAGCUCAACGCCUUCGACAGCCGCCACCUGGACGAGAUCCACUUCGACGUGCGUCUGAUCGCCUUCCAGGACGCCACGCGUCGCAUCGAGGCCAUGACGGAGCUGGACAUGCCCUACAUCCACACCAUCCUCAACAACUGCUUCUACACCUACGAGCUGUCGGACAUGUCCCUGUCGGACAACGCCACCCUGUGUAUGAUGGCCCUGAUCGCCCAGCUGGUGGCCCUGGGCAAAGACGAGACCUACAAGGAGGUGGUGCAGAAGACCCUGCUGGAGGCCGUGCACAAGGGGCUCCGCAGCAAGGCCGACACGGUUCGUCACGAGUACACCACCAUCCUGGCCUGCCUGGUGAAGACCUUCCCCACCAAGGCCGAGUUCAGGGAGCUGGUGCAGCUCACCGACUACAACGACCCCGAGUCAGACUUCUUCGAGCACAUGAAGCACAUCCAGAUCCACCGGCGGGGGCGGGCCCUCAGGAAGCUGGCCAAGCAGCUGAAUGACGGGGUGGUGGUGAUGUCAUCGCGCUCCCUGCAGAGCUACAUCAUGCCCUACACCAUGACCGCCCUGUUCGAUCCCGACAUGAUCAAGCAUGAGGCCAUGACCUCUGCAGGGACGGAGAUGGUGGCGGCGGUGUGCAGUAAGCUCACCUGGUCCAAGUACCUGUACUACCUGAGGCAGUUCAUCCACGUGCUGCAGACGGGCGGGUCGGAGCAGAAGCUGGCUGUCAGUCUGUUGGUCACGGUGUUGGAGGCCUUCCACUUUGAGCACAAGACCCUCACUAAAGAGAUGGAGGCGGCCAAGGCCAGAGAAGCGGAGAGAGCUGCAGCCGCAGCCGCGGCUCAGAGUGAUGGCCAGGAGACCGCCGUCGCCGUCGAGGACGAGGAGGUCGCCAUGGAGACGGACGGCAAGGCGGAGGCGGGCGACGUCGCCAUGGAGACGAAUGAGGACGACGACGACGACAGCGAUGAGGAGGACGACGAGGCGGUUGCCGCGGCGAAGCCCAAGAAGAAGAAGGAGGCGCGGGCCGACCCGGUGGCCAGCGGCCUGCCGAAGAACAAGGCAGAGCUGGAGACGCUCAUCAGGAACAUCCACAAGUCGGUCCAGACCAACAUCCUGCCCAGGCUGCACAAAUGCCUCACCGCCAAGGUGAAGCAAGACGACCAGCACAAGUCGGUGAAGUCGAAGGAGUUCCAGGAGGAGGAGGUGGUCCGCAUCCCCCUGGCCUUCGCCAUGGUGAAGCUGCUCAACACCCUGCCCAAGCACGUCAUGGAGGCCAACCUGCCCGGCAUCCUGCUGAAGGUGUGUGUGCUGCUGAGGAACCGCUACGAGGAGGUGCGUGAGGUGGUGCGCGGCACGCUGGUGAAGAUGAUCCAGACCCUGGGGCCACGCUACCUGCUCUACCUGCUGACCGAGAUGCAGUCGGUCCUCAACAGGGGCUACCAGGUCCAUGUGCUGACCUACACGAUCUACCAGCUGCUGGCCGCCCUCUGUCCCACCAUGAAGUCCGGACAGAUAGACCACUGCAUCCCUCUGCUGCUGGAGAUCUUCAACAACGAGCUGUUCGGGGACCUGUCGGAGGAGAAGGAGGUGAAGGGCAUCGUGUCCAAGCUGAUGGAGGCGCGCCACAGCAAGAGCAUGAUGUCCUACGAGCUGGUGGGCCAGUACUGCGGCAAGAAGCGCAUCACUCAGCUCAUCCUCCCACUCAAAGAGAUCCUGGAGGCGUCGUCCAGCGUGAAGGUGUGCCUGAAGGUGGGCGACGUGAUGCGCAGGAUGGUGGUCGGCCUGCUGGCCAAUCAGGGCGUCGACCACCAGGACAUCCUGCUGCUGAGCCACGCCCUGGUCAGCCAGAGCCUGCCCCUGCUCACACAGAGGGACCGAGAAAAGGCCUGCGCCCUGCCCCCCCUGGACCCGCGCCUCCCCCCUCCCAGCUGCCUGCUCCUCCCGCCCACCCCCACCCGGGGGGUGAGGAAGGCGGCGGUCAGCAGCCACACCAACCUCUACAUCCUGGUGAACACGGGGCUGAAGCUCCUGUACCAGAGCCUGAGGAGUGGGAAGGUCUCCUCCACUGAGCCCGCCGUGCUGCAGAUGCUCGACCCGUUCGUUCCCCUCCUGCUGGAGUGUCUCACCUCCAUGCACGUCAAGGUGACCACGGAGGCCAUGAUCACCCUGACGUGGCUGCUGAGGCUGCAGCUGCCCGCGGUGCAGCAGAGCUCCUCCCAGUUGAACCAGCAGCUCUUCCUGCUGCUCAAGGACUACUCCAAGGCCGGCGCGGCCAGCGGGGAGAACUACCAGCUGGUCCAGAGCUGCUUCAGGUGCAUCACGGUGCUGGUGAAGAGUGUGAAGACCAGUAAGAUCUCAGACACCCAGCUGCAGGUGCUGCUGGGCUACGCUGAGGAGGACAUCUACGACCAGUCCCGGCAGGCCACGGCCUUCAGCCUGCUCAAGGCCAUCCUUUCCAGGAAGCUGGUAGUACCGGAGAUGGAGCAGCUGAUGUCCAAAGUGGCCAAGCUGGCCGUAUCCAACGGCAUCUCGGUAGUCAGGAUGCACUCCAGACAGAUCUACCAGAAGUACCUGCUGGACUACCCCCUGGGGAAGAAGCUGAGCGGCCACCUGGAGUUCAUCGUGGCCCAGCUGAGCUACGAGCACGACACCGGGCGGCUGGUCGCCCUGGAGAUGCUCGAGUACAUCUUCCAGACCUUCCCUCAGGACAUGCUGACCCAGCACAGCGGGCUGUUCCUGGCCCCCCUGGCGCUGGUGAUGCUCAACGACGACUCGGCCCAGUGUAAGAAGAUGGCGGCCCUGGACAUCAAGGUGCUGCUGUCCCGGCUGGACCUCACCCAGCAGAACGCCCUCUACUCCCUGGUGCAGACCUGGAUGGCUGCGGAGAAGGCCAACCUUCGCCGUCUCGGGGCGCAGGUAUGCGGCUUGUUUGUGGAGGUGGAGGGGGACAACUUCGCCCGUCGCCUUGGCGACCUGCUCCCCAUCAUCGAGAAGGCCAUCCACCCCGACAACUACGAGGACAUGGAGGAGGAGGAGACGGAGAAGGGGGCUGACCGGCUGCUGUUCAGCUACCUGACGCUGGUCACCAAGCUCAUCCAACACUGCCACCUGCUGGAGCUCUGCAAGCCGCGCGACACGCUGGACAACAUCUGGCGCCACAUCGAGGCCCACCUGCGCUACCCCCACUCCUGGGUCUGGCUCACGGCGUCCCAGCUGUUCGGACAGCUGUUCGCCUCCCAGGCACCCCAGGGGCUGGUCGAGAUGUGGAGGGAGGAGGGGGAGGCGGAGCCCCCGCUGCCCGUCGCCACGGCCUUCCUCUGCACCCGGCUGGACAGAAAGAUGAGGGAGUGUGUCCUGACCUUCUCUCACCAGCUCCUCUCAAAGUUCCUGGACGCAUCUUCAGGAGAGCAGAUCAUCAAGAACCUAAUUUUCGUUGCCAAGACGACCUACCUCAUCUCCCCCGAGUCUGAGGUCACCGCCCCAGAGGGUGACGUCACCGCUCAGGGAGGGGAGGAAGAGGAGAAUGAGGAGGAGGAGGAAGAGAAGGAGGAAGAGGAGGAGGAGGAAGUGAAGGAGAAGGAGGAAGGUGAGGGGGAAGAGGAGGAGGCUGAGGAGACUGAAGAGGAGAGGGAGGCGAGGGAGCAGCGGGCGGCGGAGCUGGAGAAGGCGGAGGUGGAGCGGGAGGAGAAGCAGGUGGAGGAGGGGGACCAGGACGACCGCCCCCCCUCCCUCCUCUGGAUCAUUAAGAAGCUGUCGCUGAUGGCCCGCAGGGAGGCGGCCAACACCCCCAAGAUACCCCUCAAGAGGCUGUGUGUGUUCAAGUUCCUGGGGGCCGUCUCCAUGGACCUGGGCCCGGAGCGCCUGGCCCCGUACCUCACGCCCAUCCUCCAGCCGCUGUUCCGCGAGCUGCACAGCACGUACGCAGAGCAAGACCCCAUCCUGAAGAACCUGUCCCAGGAGCUGAUCGAGCUGCUGAAGAAGCAGGUGGGGCUGAAGACCUUCUCCAUGGCGUUCUCCGGGGUCCAGAAGGAGUUCACCUUGAGACGAGCCACACGCAAACGCCAGCGGGCGCUACAGGCCGUCACAAACCCCGAUUUCGCAGCCAGGAAGAAGAUGAAGAAACACAAGAACAAGAUCCAGGCCCGGAAGAGGAAGAUCGAGGUCAUGAGGCCGGGCUACAAGGCCAAGAAGCCCAGGACCCAAUCACUCAAAAACCUAGCCGUGCUGCGCUAACAAUGCUUGGGAAGUUAGCAUCCGAAUUGCUCACAGACGCUAGAACAAGGGGACCUAGCAUCCCGGCCGUUGCACUCCCCACACUGAACGGUCGACUGUGUUUUGGGGUCUGGUUCACUUUGUUGGGCCACAGAGAGAACAAAAGAAGCUAAUACCCACAUCGGAUCUGAAGAGUGACCAACAUACAAAAGGAGGAUUGUGGGUAAAAACUGGCACCGACAUGGACGACGUCUGCCCGGCGACAGAGCCUUCCCCGGCAAUAUUUUAAACGAUCCCUUAAUGUUCUUUACAUGUUUGUCACGACAGGAACUCUGUUUCUGUGGCUUUGUAUAUUGUGCUGAUUAGAGCACUGCUGAAUUGACCAGAUACUAUUGGGCUCUUUUUAGGGGUGUUGACAUUAAAAACCUU